AUGAUUUUUGAGUUUGGUGGUGCGUUCUUUAUACCAUAUGUAAUAUUCAUGGUCAUCUUCGGAUUGCCACUUGUUUAUAUGCAUUUAGCCAUUGGACAAUUUUCAGCAAACGCCGCUUUCCAUAAAAUGAUGCCGAUUGCUUCUGGACUUGGAUGGGCGUUUGUCUUAAUUUAA